UGAUAUUUACCUGAGUGCAUGCAUUGCAUUGCAUCCCAUGCUGAACUAACUUCAAGGCAAUGAGAGGGAAUGGAACUGUCACCAUGUCUCCCAUCAUUGGGUUAUACCAAGGAGUUAAAACUGAAUACUCGACGUAAAUAUUUGCUAUAUUUUGAUAUGGAGAAACCAGAUGUUUGUAGUUUCUGUUUUAUGAAACAAUCUUCUUAUUUUGAUCCCUUACUGCAACAGUCCCAGUGUAAAAGCAUAAGACUCUGGUGUCACAUGUUUUGUCAUGCCCCAGAAAUGAACUGUUAAUGCUUCCAUUUGGGGUAAGAAUUCCAUUCACAUAUGAGGGAUUUUUUAGCAUUUGUAAAACUGCAUUUGACAGUAUUUGCACUUGGCUACUUUAUUUUGCUAUCUCCAGUAGAAGACUGGUUUGUGGAAAGAAACUUUCGUGAUCAUUUACGACUAUUUAUAUGAAGGUGUUGAAUUCUUAACACUUUUGUAUCUCGGGGUUGUCACUAACGCAAGAAUGUGUGUCCUAGACGCAGCAAAUUCAUUUGAGAUGCAAGUUUGUCUGAUAUGGCGAGUCCCACAGACGCGUCAGUGACGGUCACGGACUCUGAAUAAAAAUCAUAAUUUUUUUUAGAAGCCCUGAUAUUGUGUAUCAAUUAAAACUCGUAGGAAAAAAUCUAGGUAAAAUGUUACGCUCUAGUGAACCAAAAUAAUACCACAGAGUUCAGUGUCCCAAUCCGACUUGAUUGUUUAGCGUCGGUCAAUUAGGUGUGAAUUAGAAUAUAAUAUUCAAAAGAUAAUUAGAUAACAUGCAAAAUGAAGAACGUUUUGCCACAGACAAGUUAUUUACUCUUAUUGCUUUAUUUAUUUGUUUGUUUUACAUAUCGGGUUAAAAUGGUGUUUAAUAUUGUGUUGUGAUGAUAGAAGAUUCGGGGAAAUAAUUCUGUUGCCGUGGACAAGUAGUCGUCCGAGGCCAAGUAGCGAAUGAUAAAAAACAAAUCUUAAAAUUUAUAUAUUUUAUACUGCUUCCAUUUUAAUUAUCUUAUAUAAAAAAGACUCAUUAGAUAUCCAUUGGACUCAUCAAAUUUUCGUAGGACUCAAGCUGCUUAUAAACCACAAGUCCGGGACUCGUCUUCAAUAAUUUUUAGUGACAACCCUGGUAUCUGAUACAAUCACUAAAAAUAAUAAGAAUUCAUGAAACUUAUUACAAAGCAAUAUUGAUAUCCAUUCAUUUGAUUUACUUUGUUGAAUUGUAUUAUAAUGAAACUGAUGUCGGAUUUCAUAUAGAUCAUCUUCAACCAAUAUGACAGGCAUUGAUUGUGAGUGACAUGAUGAGGAGGAUCUUGGGAACCGUACAAAAUUUUCUCACACUCAAAUAAAAGGAACGUCAUUUUUCACAGAGGACAUGGUUUUGAGUACUACAAUUUAUGUAUGGACAUAAGCAGAUGGAGUUCUUGAAUGAACAGUUGAUCUUAGAUGCCAAGUCUCUGUGUGACCGCUUGCAGAGGAACAACUAUGAAGUACUUUUACUGGUUGCCCACAAGACUGAGGCUAGUAGAUCAUUCCUGGAGGGUACUCAGAUGGGGAGGCAGUUUGUGGAGAGCAGUGUUUCACUCUUGAACAAAUUCACCAGCUUCUGUUAUGAUGGUAUUUGUACCUCAACAUUAACUGAGGAAGAACACCUGUCUGUUUCAUCAUCAGUAGUGGGAAAUGUUGCUGGAAGUGUCCGCAUCAAGAAAGAAGUAGAAGACAACUAUGAAACACCAGCAGUGUUUGGAAGACAUGGUCGUAAAAUCAAAGCUCCAAGCUGGAAAAAAGAUUACUACUCCCCAUCCACUACAAAAAGGACUCACACCACUGAUGAGGCGGAGAUGCCUUCAAAAAAACGUAUCAGAGCUAAAGAUUCAGAACCAAGGAAACAAAUUCAUACAACAGAACCCAUGAUGAAAAAUGAAAAACACAACUCACAAAAUGACAACCAAACGAAAAAAAAUGCUUCACUAAAAUCCUUGGAAAAGGAAAUGACAAAAAUAACUACAGAGAAAAAGAAGGAGAAAACAGAUUCAAAGGUUUUGAUCCCAAAAUUGCAUAUGGCUUACUCAUGUAGUGUGUGUAGCCAAAUUUUCAACAGUUCAAAAGAGCUAGAUGAACAUGAAAAGUCACACAAGUUGAAACAUUUCUGUCAGCUUUGUGAAGAAGUAUUUCACACAGCAGAGGAACUUUUCUUUCAUUGUCAUAAACAGCACAGUGAUGAUUUCUGCUUUUGGUGCAAUUUGAUAGAGGUCAGCACAGAAAAGAUGAAAGAUCAUGAAGAAAAUUGUCCACCAAGCAAAGAAUUCAAAAGAAAGUGUCAUUUUUGUACAACAACUUGCCAUUCUAGCAAUGCAUUUGAAGACCAUAUUAUAAACUGUCAUGGACCAAAGGACCAGAAGUGUUCUCAAUGCAACAAAAGUUUUUCAUCUCUACUUGCAUUACGUGACCAUCAAACAGAGCACAAACCAUCAAAGGAAAAUCAUUGUGUGGAGUGUGAUAAAGACUUCCCCUCUUCACAGAACUUCAUUGAUCAUGUAGUAAAAGAUCAUAUUUCUGCAGGAUCCGGUAUACAUCAUAGUGUGAUGAUGGAUGCAACUGAAGAUGCAUCUGAGGACGUAAAUAAUGAUGAAAUCAAGACAACGAGCAUGAUUGGAAAUGAUGAAACCAUUGAGACUGACACCAAUAAUGAUUUACCAAGGGAAUCUGAAAAUGCAGAAGAUAUGCAAUCUGCUGCAUCUGAUGGUAGCAAUGAUGAUGAUAGUAGAAAUGGUGAUGAAAAAAACAGAUAUGGAAAUCAUUCUAACUCCAAGAAAGGAGAUCAUUCAAAGCUUCCUUUGAAACUUGGUAAGAAAUCUAGAAAGAAAUCCUUUACUUGCACAGAGUGCAAUGAAACAUUUAACAGUUUCCGUGCAAUGAGAAAACACAAUAGACAGCACAAGAAAGUUCAGCCACAGAGAGAUUGUAGACUCUGCAAAGAAAAAUUUGAUAGUAAAUAUGCUGAAUUGCUGCACUUGUUAGCAAACCAUAAAGAAAACUACUGCCUUUGGUGUGAUGCAACUUUUAAUGAUGACACAGAGAAGGAGGCACAUGACAGUGCAUGCACUCCAAUGGAUGAAAAAGUCAUGAAGAAAUGCCAUGUAUGUCCCAAAUUUUUCAGUAAAAAACAGUCUUUUGAGAAACAUUUUGCUGUUGUCCAUGAUGAUGAAUUCAAAUGUAGCAUCUGUGGUCAUGUCUCCGUUUCCAAAUGCCUGUUAGAGCGUCAUACAAGUGUUCAUGGUCCGGGAGAAAAAUGUGAAUGUCCAGAAUGUGGAAAGGUGUUUAUGAGAAGAAAGAACCUUGGCAGGCAUAUGAGAGAGGUGCAUAAAGUUACGAAACAGAAAGUAGUGAAGGAAACAUGUCCUUGUGAAUGCCAGGUCUGCCAGAUAGGUUUUCAUUCAAGAACUGAGCUUGCUGAGCAUAUUAAAGAGUCACACAUGGCUGAAAUCAAUGAAAAAAUAGUAGACAAUCCAAAAUUUACCAUCAACUUCCAUGGAAAUUCUAUAUGCAAAAAAUGUGGUAAAAAUUUUCCAAAUAAUGAUGAAAUGGCAAUUCAUUUGGCAAGUCAUUUAGGCAUUCUGAAUAAAAAUAACUCUUUUAUUUGUGAUGUAUGCGGAGAAAAGUUUCUUCAGAAAAGCCUGUUCAGUGCACACAGGGCAAGGCAUGUAAAACAAAAAGAAUACCAAUGCACCAAAUGUGAUAAAAAAUUCCAUGUUAGAUCUUCUCUUCUAUCGCAUAUGGAGACACAUAGACUGAAUAAAGACUAUGUUUGUCAUAUCUGUGGCAAUGCUUUUAAGAGUCGUCAUAGUCUAAGAAUGCAUGCAAUGAGACAUAACAUUGACCGAUUCCAUGUGUGCAAGUAUUGCAAUAGUACAUUUCGUUGCUAUGAUGGCCUCAAGUAUCAUUGGGUUGUUUAUCACCCAGAGGAAGUCAAACGGAGAAAUCUGACGGUGUUUCCAUGUUCUUACUGUGAUAAGGUCCUUGCUACCAAAACACAACAUGCAAGGCACAUGGCUAAACAUGGAGCCGAUAGAAACCAUUGCUGUGAAAUCUGUAAUAACAGAUACUGUACGGUUGCUCAAUUGAAUGCUCACAUUAAAAAUACUCAUACACCUCAACAAAAUAUCCACUGCAAUGCAUGUGAUCUGUAUUUUAUGAUUCCAUCAAAAAUGUUGCGACACAUGAAGUCUCAGAAACACAACGAGAAUUGCAUAAAGAAAGGAAUUGACCCCAAUGAUUUCUAUGAAUUACUGGCAAACUUGGAGAGAACAAUGGUAGAAUCUGUAGAUCUUCAGCAAUACAGAUCUGCCAAAACCAGCACUAAAUAUCGAAAGCUGUAUCAGUCAAUAUGUGGUCAGAAGAAGGAUUUGGAAGUGGGGACUGGUGAACUUGUGAGCAUGUUACAAGACAGUGAGGUUCAGGAGGCGGUGACACUGGAUUUGACCAAUGUCCAGUACAUCUCUCAUCUGCCCAAAGCGUUGGAGGAAGUGGAAAUUUCAGAUCAUAAUCUGAAGCCGAACACAGACAUCUUUGUGGUCUAUGAUCAUGGGCCGGGAACCAGCAGAAAUGUCAGCCUGGAUGCUCAAGCUGUGGAGACCCUCCAGUCCAUUUUGAAUCUCAGCAGUCAGCAGUAAUAUUUGUCCAGCAUCAGCAGUCGUCCAGUCAGCAGUAAUAUUUGUCCAGCAUUAGCAGUCAUCCAGUCAGCAGUCGUCUAGUUAGCAUUCACGAUCGUACAGUCAGCUCAGAAAAAAAUGAUUCCCACAUAGCGGUUAAAAAUCUAGAAAUAAUAAUAGUCAUUUAAAUGAUGCCUAACAGGCCAGGAACAUCGAUCAAUGUCAAAGUUAAAGUCGAAUAGUUAUAAAAAGAAACAUGUUUUAUUGAUGCUUCCAAUUACUCUUUACUGGUAUUCUCUUAAUAUUUUAUUAAAUAAAAUAUGUGUUUACUUUUAGUAUACUUAAUGUUUCAUCUUACUCAAAUGUUCCUUUUACUGAUGUUGCAAGACUGCCAAUUUUUACAUGUAUUUGAUUUAUGAGAAGUGUUUGUGAUUAUGCAUGUGACAUGCUUUAUGUAUGAACUCUUUGUUAGUCAUUGGACAUAUUCUAAUAAAAAUUCCAGGUGCUGUU